AUGUCUUUCACGACGACUUCCGGAAAGAGGCCCGGCAUGGCCGCCAGGGAGGAGGUACUGGCCCUACAGGCCGAAGUCGCGCAGCGUGAGGAGGAGCUGAGUUCCCUGAAGCAGAGGCUGGCGGCGGCCCUUUCGGCGGGGCAGGAGUCAGCGCGCUCGGUUCCGAUGUCGCCCCUGCCUCCCAGGGCCGCCCUGUCCCGAGAGGAGAUCCGGCGCUACAGCCGGCAGCUCGUGCUGCCGGAGCUGGGCAUGCAAGGGCAGCUGCGCCUGGCGGCCGCGGCCGUACUCGUAGUAGGCUGCGGGGGGCUCGGCUGCCCACUGGCGCAGUACCUGGCCGCAGCCGGCGUCGGCCGCCUGGGCCUCGUGGACUACGACGUGGUCGAAGCGAGCAACCUGGCCCGCCAGGUGCUGCACGGCGAGGCCCUGGCCGGCCAAGCCAAGGUCUUUUCGGCGGCCGCCGCCCUGCGCCGCCUCAAUUCGGCGGUGCAGUGCGUGCCCUACGCCCAGGCGCUGACGCCGGCCACGGCGCUGGACCUCGUCCGCCGCUACGACGUGGUGGCCGACUGCUCCGACAACGCGCCCACCCGCUACCUGGUGAGCGACGCCUGUGUGCUCGCCGGCCGGCCCCUGGUGUCCGCCAGCGCGUUGCGUUUCGAGGGCCAGCUCACGGUCUACCACUACGGCGGGGGGCCUUGCUAUCGCUGCGUGUUCCCCCGGCCACCCCCGGCGGAGACGGUGACUAGCUGCGCGGAUGGCGGGGUGCUCGGCGCGGUCACCGGGGUCCUGGGCUGCCUGCAGGCGUUGGAAGUGCUGAAGACCGCUGCGGGCCUGGGCCCCUCUUACAGCGGCCGCAUGUUGCUUUUUGACGCACUCCGAGGCGAUUUCCGCUGUAUCCGGCUGCGGAGGCGCAGGCCCGACUGUGCCGCCUGCGGGGAGCGGCCCACCGUGACCGACUUGCAGGACUACGAAAGCUUCUGCGGUUCGUCGGCCACGGAUAAGUGCCGCUCCCUCCGGUUGCUGAGCCCGGAGGAGCGGAUUUCCGUUAUGGACUAUAAGCGACUUCUGGAUUCUAGGUCACCCCACCUGUUGCUGGACGUAAGGCCUCAAGUUGAGGUGGACAUCUGUCGUCUGCCUCACGCCCUGCACAUCCCUUUGAAAAGUUUGGAACGGAGGGAUGCGGAGAGCCUGAAAGUCUUGGGAGAAGCCAUCCGGGAAGGGAAGCAGGGCGCACAGGAAGGGGCGUCUGUCCCCAUUUAUGUAAUUUGCAAACUGGGCAAUGAUUCCCAGAAAGCCGUGAAGAUCUUGCAGUCCUUGGCAGACUUGGACUCGGUAACAGUUAAGGACGUUGUGGGGGGGCUCAUGGCCUGGGCUGCCAAAAUCGAUGAAACGUUUCCGCAGUACUGAGGUGGCCCGUGGAGUCUGACCAGCGAAGGGUGUGGGUUGCCAUGUUACCUAAAGUUUUUUGACCUUUAUUUAUUUGCAUUUUUUUCCCAGUAAUGUAUGGAGGAGCCUGAGAUUCUACAGUACCUGUGAUUAGGUGGACUACUUUUUAUAAGAAUCUUUUAAAUUGUAAUUUAUCGAAUAAUGUAGUUAUUGGGGUUAUGACAGUGUUCCUGUGACCUGUCUUAUGUUUGCAGCACUUGUUGCAAGUAGUGUGUUUUAAAUUGAGGUCAUUCGCCUGCCCUGCGCCCCUCCCCCCGCCAAAAUAAAAAGCUUUUCAGGAUGUGA